AUGGUGGGACUGUCGAUGUUCAGCGAUGUUCGUACAGCCUGGCAUCCAACUGUCCGCAAGGCGCGCAAUUCCGAGGCGACCUGGGUGGACGUGCCCGUCUACCUGGCAAUGAGGCAUGCAGCGCACAACUGGGGGCACCAUGCUGUGGAGACUUCCCUGGCCUUGUACGCCCUGAUCAUGUCUCACGAGGAUCUCUUCGAAGCUUCUGGAAAGCGACUGGUCUUCUUCUUGGACGCCUGCUCCCUGGAACUCCAGGGGGAUGCGAUCGAGUUCUGCAUGCGCUUUGUGCCAAACUCUCUGGGCUGCCUCCAAGACAUCUCCAGCUCCUGCGCAAAAUUCACCAGCCAGUUGUGGCCGCUGCUCUCGGACUGGGCGCCGUUGGAGAAGGGGAACGUCCAGGAGAGGCUCCCUGGAGCCAGGACUUUGUGCUUCCGCUCGGUGGUCGCUGGUCUGUCCCCAUGGAAGCGCCCGGUGCAGACGCAGGAUGCUAUGGGCCGACCUCUGACGCAGCAGGAGUGGGCUGCCGACCCUUUUCUGGCACCGGUCAUCCGGCAUUUUCGGGUCCACGCCCUGGCAAGACUCAAUGUACGGAGCAAGAGUGCAGACUCGCCGAUACUCCUCGCGGCCAUCAAGCGUGAGCGCAGGUCCCUUCGCAACCGUGAAGAGGUGUUGGACUGGCUGAGAGAGUCAGCAUCCAAGCGCAGGCUGGGCUUUGCCGAGUUGGACUUUGCCGGACAGACCCUUGCAGACCAGGCGCGUCUACUUGCCUCGACAGCCCUCUUCGUAGCCUCCAUGGGCGCGACACUGCUC